CCAGAAAGCGGGCUGGGGGCCGCAACUAGGCCUCCCUUCCGGCCGCUCGCCCAGUCGCCAUGGCAACGGGCGCAGGGCGGGUUGGGAGCCGUUAAGGCUCCGGAGCCACCUAAGGGUCCAGGGGCUGCGUGGCGGCAGGUUUUGCAGCCACUGCACAUGGGCUGGGGCCGGAACCAGACAGGGGCAAAAGCCGGGGUUUCGGGGUGCAGUCAGCACUGAGAGACCUGAGAAAAUAGAAUAGAAAAACGGUGCAGAGGAGUUUUGGCCGUCAGAAGCUCCCGUAGCACCUCAGAGCCGGGCUCGCUUUCUCAGACCCUGCCCAGCUCCCCGCCCACCCGGAAACAGCUUCGCCCCACCCCGCAUGGAGCUUCUCCCAGCGGCCCAAGACACCUCUAGCUGUCCGAGUCACGCUCUCCCGAUGGCCCGCUACGAAGAGGUGAGCGUGUACGGCUACGAGGAGUUCAUGCAGGCGGUGGAGCAGCACAGUGGCAAGACCAUUUUCGCCUAUUUUUCUGGUUCUAAGGACGCCGAAGGCAAAAGCUGGUGCCCCGACUGCGUGCAGGCUGAACCGGUCGUACGAGAGGGGCUGAAGCAUGUUGGUGAAGGAUGUGUGUUCAUCUACUGCCAAGUAGGAGAAAAACCUUAUUGGAAAGAGCCAAAUAAUGACUUCAGGAAAAAGUUGAAAUUAACUGGAGUGCCUACACUACUUAAAUAUGGAACACCUCAAAAACUGGUAGAAUCUGAGUGUCUUCAGGCCAACCUCGUGGGGAUGUUGUUCUCUGAAGAUUAAGAUUUGACGAUGGCAAUUGUGUCUUUAUUUCCUGAUUUGCUCUAGUAUAAAAGAAUCUGCAUACUUGCUUUGAAUUCAUGUUAGCAAUAAAUAAAUGAUGAUGUAAAAAAAUUGGUACAUGUCUAAACCAUAGAGAGUGCUAUUAAAAUGCUCAUGAACCCUCAGUUUGCUUUAAUAUAUGGGUAUAUUUAAGCUACCAUAGGUAAAAUAAUUCUUCAGGAGUGGCAGUAAUAGCACAAAGGAAGCUAUUACUGGAGAUGACAGAAAUACCUAAAAGCCCCUAAUAGUGCAGUAGACAGCUUCCAAAUCUCUAAAGGAGUUAGGAUCUUUUACCUUAAAUUCCACGAAUUUACAAAGAGCUGUUAUUCCUGAAACUCCUUCUUUGGCUUUAGAAUGUAGAACUUAACCUAACCACUGAAGGGAAGCACAGCACAUCUAAUCCAGCCUCUGCUUAAUGCUGGCAGGUUCGUCACAGCUGUCUGAAUAUGCUUCACUACUUGGGAUGAGGCGGGUGGCAGAGAGGUCAGAGACCGUAUAACCUAGUGAUGGGAAGGACUCCAGCCUGUGAGUCAGUCUCAUUGAUUAUCACUUCCUAGCUGUGUAACCAUUAACCUGUCUAAACCUCAGUCUCCUCCUUUAUGAACAUGGAUCGUUCUGAGGAUAAAAUGAGAAUGCAACUAAGCACUUAACAUUGUGCCUGGUUUGCGGUAUCUGCCAAAUAAAGGUCAGCUUUCCCAAAUGAGCACAAAUAUUUGAGGCUCCUCACCUUUGUUCUAGUCUUAAGGCCAAGAGUCCAAUUAGUAGUUAACCACCAAUCUUCUCCCUGCCAUUACUAGGUCAGUGACAUACCAAUGAUUCUUCCUUAAAGCUCUCUUGCAAAGCAACUGGCGAUACAGGUAUGUCUCCUGCCCUGCAGAAUUUAAGAACCUUUAUGCGGUUCCUGCUGCCUGACGUAAAGAGGUCACUUACUCCACACCUCUCACUCUGUAGAUGAAGGGCAGGAUAGCCGAUCUGAGGGACAGCAAGGUUCCAGGAGACAGACUUGUCCCAGGCCCCACUGUACAUGAAAACAGAGCUCGGCUUAGAGUUUGGGAUGUUCAGUGGCCCUCCCCUUACCUCGCCCCCUGCUGCCUUAAAUUGGUCUGAAACACCUAACAUUUCUAUUCUUACUCAGCUGACUGUUAAAUACUAAUAAAAGCUUACAAAGCCACAGGGAAAUCAAAGUAAAACAAUUCUGGUUUAACAGAAAUAAUCUAUUAACAAGAAAAAGUUAGUUCAAUUAAAUAGCACACUAACGGUUCUAGGUGCUACCACAGUAAAGGUACAUAGGAAGAGUUGUUUUGUCUUC